GGUCGUGCCCGACUCCCCGCCCGCGGCAGCCUGGGCGCUUCCUAGUCGGCGCGGGCGGCGGCCCAGGCGAGGUGCGGCCUCCGCACGGGCGGGGGGCGUCGGCGCCACGGGCCCGCCAUGGCCGCGUCCGAGCUCUACACAAAGUUUGCCAGAGUUUGGAUACCUGAUCCUGAAGAAGUUUGGAAGUCAGCAGAGCUGCUCAAAGAUUAUAAACCAGGAGAUAAAGUCCUUUUGCUUCACCUUGAGGAAGGAAAGGAUUUGGAAUAUCGUCUAGAUCCAAAGACCAAGGAACUGCCUCACUUAAGAAACCCUGACAUCCUUGUGGGUGAAAAUGACCUCACAGCCCUCAGCUAUCUUCAUGAGCCAGCUGUGCUCCACAAUCUCAAAGUCCGCUUUAUUGAUUCCAAACUCAUUUAUACAUAUUGUGGUAUAGUCCUAGUAGCUAUAAACCCUUAUGAACAGCUGCCUAUUUAUGGAGAAGAUAUUAUCAAUGCAUACAGUGGUCAGAAUAUGGGUGAUAUGGAUCCACAUAUCUUUGCAGUAGCUGAAGAAGCUUACAAGCAAAUGGCCAGAGAUGAACGAAAUCAGUCCAUCAUUGUAAGUGGAGAGUCUGGGGCAGGAAAAACAGUCUCGGCUAAGUAUGCCAUGCGAUACUUUGCCACUGUGAGUGGUUCUGCCAGUGAAGCCAAUGUUGAGGAAAAGGUCUUGGCGUCCAACCCCAUCAUGGAGUCAAUUGGAAACGCGAAGACAACCAGGAACGAUAAUAGUAGCCGUUUUGGGAAGUAUAUCGAGAUUGGUUUUGAUAAGAGGUAUCGAAUCAUUGGUGCCAAUAUGAGAACUUAUCUUUUAGAGAAAUCCCGAGUGGUGUUCCAGGCAGAAGAAGAGAGAAACUAUCAUAUCUUCUAUCAGCUUUGUGCCUCAGCAAAGUUACCUGAAUUUAAAAUGCUGCGAUUAGGAAAUGCAAAUACCUUUCAUUAUACAAAGCAAGGUGGCAGCCCUGUGAUUGAAGGAAUCGACGAUGCCAAGGAGAUGGCACACACCAGACAGGCCUGCACUCUGCUAGGAAUUAGUGAAUCUUAUCAGAUGGGAAUUUUCCGAAUACUUGCUGGCAUCCUUCACUUAGGCAAUGUUGGAUUUAUGUCUCGAGAUUCAGACAGCUGCACAAUACCUCCCAAGCACGAACCUCUCAGCAUCUUCUGUGACCUCAUGGGCGUGGACUAUGAGGAGAUGUGUCACUGGCUCUGCCAUCGGAAGCUGGCUACUGCGGCGGAGACGUACAUCAAGCCCAUCUCCAAGCUGCAGGCCACAAAUGCCCGUGAUGCUUUGGCCAAGCACAUCUAUGCCAAGCUCUUCAACUGGAUUGUAGAUCAUGUCAAUCAGGCUCUCCAUGCUGCUGUCAAACAGCACUCUUUUAUUGGUGUGCUGGACAUUUACGGAUUUGAAACAUUCGAGAUAAAUAGUUUUGAACAGUUUUGCAUAAAUUAUGCAAAUGAAAAACUGCAGCAACAAUUCAAUAUGCAUGUCUUCAAAUUAGAGCAAGAAGAAUAUAUGAAGGAACAAAUUCCAUGGACUCUCAUAGAUUUUUAUGAUAAUCAACCUUGCAUUAAUCUUAUCGAAUCUAAACUGGGUAUUCUAGAUUUGCUGGAUGAGGAAUGCAAAAUGCCUAAAGGUACAGAUGACACUUGGGCCCAAAAAUUGUACAACACACAUUUGAACAAAUGUGCACUCUUCGAAAAGCCCCGUCUGUCAAACAAAGCUUUCAUCAUCCAACAUUUUGCUGAUAAAGUGGAAUACCAGUGUGAAGGCUUUCUGGAAAAGAAUAAAGACACCGUUUUUGAAGAACAAAUUAAAGUUCUUAAAUCAAGCAAGUUUAAGAUGCUACCAGAAUUAUUUCAAGAUGAUGAGAAGACCAUCAGUCCAACCUCAGCCACCUCUUCAGGGCGCACACUCCUCACCCGCACUCCUGCAAAGCCCACCAAAGGCCGACCAACCCAGACAGCCAAAGAGCACAAGAAAACAGUGGGGCACCAGUUCCGAAACUCCCUUCACCUGCUUAUGGAGACCCUCAAUGCCACUACCCCACACUACGUGCGCUGUAUUAAACCUAAUGACUGCAAGUUGCCAUUCACGUUUGAUGAGAAGAGGGCAGUGCAGCAACUGAGAGCAUGCGGUGUCCUGGAAACCAUCCGAAUCAGCGCGGCAGGGUUCCCCUCACGGUGGACUUACCAAGAAUUUUUCAGCCGCUACCGUGUCCUAAUGAAGCAAAAAGAUGUGCUGAGUGACAGAAAGCAAACAUGCAAGAAUGUGUUAGAGAAACUGAUAGUGGACAAGGACAAAUACCAGUUUGGUAAGACAAAGAUCUUUUUUCGUGCCGGUCAAGUGGCCUAUCUAGAAAAACUGAGGGCAGACAAGCUGAGGGCUGCCUGCAUCCGGAUCCAGAAGACAAUCCGAGGAUGGCUGCUGCGAAAGAAGUACGUGCGCAAGCGGAAGGCGGCCAUCAUUGUGCAGCGAUACGUGCGAGGCUACCAGGCCCGAUGCUACGCGAAGUUCCUGCGCAGAACCAGGGCAGCAACUACCAUUCAGAAGUACUGGCGGAUGCAUAUAGCCCGAAGGAGGUACAAGGUCACUCGAACUGCCACUAUUGUUCUUCAGUCUUAUUUACGAGGCUACUUGGCCAGAAAUAGGUAUCGCAAGAUACUCUAUGAUCACAAAGCAGUAGUCAUUCAGAAGUGGGUCCGGGGCUGGCUGGCUCGUACCUGCUACAAGAGGAGCAUGCAUGCCAUCAUCUACCUUCAGUGCUGCUUCCGGCGGAUGAUGGCCAAGCGCGAGCUGAAAAAGCUCAAGAUUGAGGCCCGUUCCGUGGAGCGCUACAAGAAACUGCACAUUGGCAUGGAGAACAAGAUCAUGCAGUUGCAGCGCAAAGUGGACGAGCAGAACAAAGACUACAAAUGCCUCAUGGAGAAACUGACCAAUCUGGAAGGAAUAUACAACUCUGAGACUGAGAAACUACGAAGUGACUUAGAGCGUCUUCAGCUAAGUGAGGAGGAAGCUAAGAUUGCCACUGGGCGGGUCCUCAGUCUGCAGGAAGAAAUUGCCAAGCUCCGGAAAGAUCUGGAACAAACUCGGUCAGAGAAAAAAUCCAUUGAGGAACGUGCAGAUAGAUACAAACAAGAAACUGAGCAGCUGGUGUCAAAUUUGAAGGAAGAAAAUACUUUGCUGAAGCAGGAAAAAGAGACCCUUAAUCACCUUAUCGUGGAGCAGGCAAAGGAGAUGACAGAGACUAUGGAGAAGAAGUUAGUAGAAGAAACAAAACAACUGGAACUCGAUCUUAAUGAUGAAAGGCUGAGAUAUCAGAACCUUUUGAAUGAGUUCAGUCGCUUAGAAGAACGAUAUGAUGACCUCAAAGAAGAAAUGACUCUGAUGGUGCAUGUGCCUAAGCCUGGACACAAGAGAACAGACUCCACCCACAGCAGCAAUGAGUCCGAAUACACCUUUAGCUCUGAACUUGCAGAAACUGAAGACAUUCCGUUGAGGACAGAGGAGCCAAGCGAGAGAAAAGUGCCUCUGGAUAUGUCAUUGUUCCUCAAGCUCCAGAAACGGGUCACGGAGCUGGAGCAGGAGAAGCAGGUGAUGCAGGAUGAGCUGGACCGCAAAGAGGAGCAGGUGCUUCGAAGCAGGGCAAAGGAAGAAGAACGACCACCAAUUAGAGGUGCAGAACUGGAAUAUGAAUCACUCAAGCGUCAAGAACUAGAAUCAGAAAACAAAAAGCUGAAAAAUGAGUUAAAUGAGUUACGCAAGGCCCUUAGUGAGAAAAGUGCCCCCGAGGUGACUGCUCCAGGGGCACCCGCCUACCGUGUCCUCAUGGAGCAGCUGACCUCUGUGAGUGAGGAGCUGGACGUCCGCAAAGAGGAAGUCCUCAUCUUGAGGUCUCAGCUGGUGAGCCAGAAAGAGGCCAUCCAACCCAAGGAUGACAAGAAUACAAUGACAGAUUCCACAAUACUUUUGGAAGAUGUACAAAAAAUGAAAGAUAAAGGCGAAAUAGCACAAGCAUACAUUGGCUUGAAAGAAACAAACAGAUCACCUGCUAUGGAUUGCCAUGAGUUGAAUGAGGAUGGAGAGCUGUGGCUGGUUUAUGAAGGGUUAAAACAAGCCAACAGGCUCCUGGAAUCCCAGCUCCAGUCGCAGAAGAGGAGCCAUGAGAAUGAGGCCGAGGCCCUCCGCGGGGAGAUCCAGAGCCUGAAGGAGGAGAACAACCGACAGCAGCAGCUGCUGGCCCAGAACCUGCAGCUGCCGCCCGAGGCCCGCAUUGAGGCCAGCCUGCAGCAUGAGAUCACCCGGCUGACCAACGAGAACUUGUAUUUUGAGGAAUUAUAUGCAGAUGACCCUAAGAAGUAUCAAUCAUACCGGAUUUCACUUUACAAACGGAUGAUUGAUUUGAUGGAACAACUUGAAAAACAAGAUAAGACUGUCCGGAAACUGAAAAAACAACUGAAAGUAUUUGCCAAAAAAAUUGGUGAACUAGAAGUGGGCCAGAUGGAAAACAUAUCCCCAGGACAGAUCAUUGAUGAACCCAUUCGUCCAGUCAACAUUCCCAGGAAAGAAAAGGAUUUCCAAGGAAUGCUGGAAUACAAGAAGGAGGAUGAGCAAAAACUCGUUAAGAACCUAAUUCUGGAACUGAAGCCACGUGGUGUUGCAGUCAAUUUGAUUCCAGGCUUACCAGCGUAUAUCCUGUUUAUGUGUGUUCGACAUGCUGACUACCUGAAUGAUGAUCAGAAAGUAAGGUCGUUGCUAACAUCAACAAUUAACAGCAUCAAAAAGGUCUUAAAGAAAAGAGGUGAUGAUUUUGAAACUGUCUCCUUCUGGCUUUCUAACACAUGCCGAUUUUUGCACUGUUUGAAGCAGUACAGUGGGGAAGAGGGCUUUAUGAAACACAACACAUCUCGCCAGAAUGAACACUGCCUCACCAAUUUUGACCUGGCUGAGUACCGGCAGGUGCUAAGUGAUCUGGCCAUUCAGAUCUACCAGCAGCUCGUGCGGGUGUUAGAAAACAUCCUUCAGCCGAUGAUCGUCUCCGGCAUGCUGGAGCAUGAGACCAUUCAGGGCGUGUCUGGCGUGAAGCCCACAGGGCUCAGAAAGCGGACCUCCAGCAUAGCCGACGAGGGCACCUACACACUGGACUCUAUCCUCCGGCAGCUCAACUCCUUCCACUCGGUCAUGUGUCAGCACGGCAUGGACCCCGAGCUCAUCAAGCAAGUGGUGAAGCAGACGUUCUACAUUGUGGGGGCCGUCACCCUGAACAAUCUCCUCCUGCGGAAGGACAUGUGCUCAUGGAGUAAAGGCAUGCAGAUCAGGUACAAUGUCAGUCAACUGGAAGAAUGGCUGCGUGACAAGAAUCUGAUGAACAGUGGGGCUAAAGAAACCCUGGAACCUCUUAUUCAGGCUGCUCAACUUUUGCAAGUGAAAAAGAAAACAGAUGAUGAUGCAGAAGCCAUUUGUUCCAUGUGCAAUGCUUUAACUACUGCCCAGAUUGUCAAAGUGUUGAAUUUGUAUACGCCAGUUAAUGAGUUUGAAGAAAGAGUCUCUGUGUCAUUUAUUCGUACUAUACAGAUGCGUUUACGAGACAGGAAAGACUCUCCUCAGCUGCUCAUGGAUGCUAAACACAUCUUUCCUGUCACCUUUCCUUUUAACCCGUCCUCCCUCGCGCUCGAAACCAUCCAGAUUCCGGCCAGCCUGGGCCUGGGAUUCAUAGCCCGGGUCUGAAACUGAUGUCCAGGCAAACAGUGGCAGUACAUUUCUUGCCUGAAAUAAGACCCCAUUAUUCCCAGUGAGCUACUGAAAACACAUUUUUAAAGAGAAAGUAGUGAUUAUCUUUCAAACAAGAGGUUACUAACUGGAAAUCUCCCUAGAAUACUUUCAUCACCUUGGAAAGAAAGGAAGUUAGGCUCUUUUCUGCUGUGUUCCCUUUAGAGCAACACUCACCCUGAUCAGUUAGGUAACAGGUGAAUGACGGAAGGAAAGAAAAAAAAUGUGUCUUCAGCUGCUAGCAUUUAUUUUAAAUCCUUAUCGCUGCAUCUAAAUGGUAUAAAAAACAUAAAUUCCAGAUAUGUGCUGUUGUUAGAAAGGUACCAACAAAGAAGAACCUCCUCUGUGCUAACCAGAAGAAAAAUCACUAUUGAGUACGUAUCAGUUUAGGAAUGAAUUAUGUUGAUGUUGGCGAACUGCAUCAAAUAAAUAAACUGGCAAUAUGUAUAGUAGUUGGUCAAGUAACUUCCUUGUACGUGUCACUAGAAUGUAGAGAUAUUAAGAGAAUGUCGGUUUGCUGUAUAGCAUAGAAGCCCAUUUGUACUGUAGUUUCCUGAGUAUUUUAAAUUGCUGCUACAUCCUGUGUUCUUUAAAAUGUAAGCGAUAUUCUUAUUAGGCACUACAACAAUAAGCUUCUCUUAUAUCAACUCUGUUUACAAUUCAAUCAGAUCACAGUUGUAACUGGAUUAUAUGCAGAUAUCCACAGAUUCACUUGCAGAAGUAGCAGACACUGGGAGGUCAUGUAGUAAUGUGACAAAAUGUUUGACAUUUUUUAGGGUUAGGAUUAGACAGAAUGGCUAUUGUUGCUGUUAUUAUUUAUUGAUGAUGUAUUACAUUGACGUGCUCAUUAAGUUUCCCUGGGUGGGUAUCACAUCGGGGUACAGUGUUCUGUGAAGUGACUUAUUUUUAGUUACCAGAUCUGAUUCCUACAGUGCAUAUAUUCAACCUUGACAGGUUUUCUUUCUUCUUAAUUUAUUAAGAAUUAAUCUCAGUCACAAUCUAGAGAGUAUUGUCAGAAUAUUCAUGAUUCAGGUCUUGAAACCUUGAUUAUCCUAUAAAUUAUGCAAAAGAAGAUGUAUAAUAAAUAAUUAUGAUUCCAUCUUUUUAGGCUUUGCAACAUGUAUAAAUGUUCUCAGUACCACUAGAUACUUUAAAGAGCAUCAUACUAGAAAUACUUUGACUUAUAUAAGAAAUAUAAGAAGAUUGCUGAAUUUUACAGAGGAUUUGGCUCAGUAUAACCCAGAUUCUGUUUUCACUCUGAAAUUCUAAUUAAACAUAGUCUCCAUUUUUUUUCUUAGAAAUCUUAUAUAAUUAAUCUUUCAGGUUGUACAAAAGCAAAUUAUUAGCUUUCAUUAGAAAGUCUGGUUCUGCAUUACAAUCAUAGAUUUAUAUAAUUUAACUCUUAGAUGGUUUAUAAAAAAUUACAUCUUAUUAAGAUAUGUGCAAUAUUAUUAAUGGAAGUCAAACAGUUUCAAAUCAAUGAUAAAGAUUGUUAUUAAAAGAUAAAUACUGUCAACUUAUUUGGGCCUCAAAGUCCUCGUUUAUACAAUAAGAGGGUUGGACAACUGAUUCUUAAGGUCCCUUCCAUGUCUAACCUUCUCUCCUCCAAGCACUUGGAUCCUAGAGAAAUGAGCUGCAGUUACUCUGUAAGUUCAUGCUCUGAUGGAAAGACCAGCAUUUGGUACCUGUUAAUUCUGAGAGAUUAAUCAAAUGUAGUAUUACGGCUUGUGGAGCUAUAACCUUUCUUAAAUGUACAUGAUUUAUAUCCAUGCUUUUAGAAAGUUAAUUAGUUUAGGGAAUUUUUAUUGAAUCCCAUACUGCUGUAUUCCUUUUGGGUACAUUUAUUUAUUUGCAAAACCAACCAAAAACACUAGUAAUUUGAUCAGAUUCUCUCAGUUUUGCCUGGUUUGUCAAUGUGACUUUCAAUGAACAAUGAACUCAUAACCAUUUGGUUAGUACUGAAUGUGUCAGAGUCUAAGAGCAUAGAUGGGCCUGGGCUGGGGGAGAUGCCACAUGGUGUAGGCUGUUCACCUCAGACCUGCAGAUUCUCCCAGGUCUGCCCCAGCUUAGUCCUGUGGAGCAUGUCCCAUGUAAACCCUCACUCUUGUCAUGUCUUAGCGCCCACUGCCACUGCAGCUUUUUAUCUUCACUCCGAGAUAGCUUGUGUCCCAAAGCCCCUCUAGUCUGGGCCUUUCUCUCUCUCCUGUCUCCUGUCUCUCUGCUGGAAAGUGCAGCAGCCUCAGUUCCACACAUGGGCCAGAGUCUCUCCUGUUCAGGGAUGGCCACACAAAGAUUCUCCUGUUCCCGGGCUCUAGCUUCCCCCAAGGCCUACCCAGAACCCCAGAUGGGGAUCUCCAUUAAUUUAUCUCAGCGGCCUAAAGAUCUUUAGUCCUAACAAGAGUACUUUACAACCAAGAACCCCAAGACCUGGUAAUGACUCUGGGUGCUACUUUCUUGAGGAUGCAACAAUAUUCUGCUGGCUCUGGGUAUCCUUUGGCCACUCUGAGGACAGCUCACCCUUUUUUCUGUCCAUCCACACUUUCUCAUGAAGCUUCGAACACACCUCCAGCAGCCUUCUACCUGCCCAUUUAUCUGUCUGCUCUUCAACCAUGGAAGAGUCAACCAUGGAUCCUAUCACCUGCCUAUACGACUGCUCUGGCUGCACUGAAGGCAGUGGUGGAGUCAACCCUCAGCUGCCCCCGCUGGCCUGCCUGCGGCUUACCUUCAGGCCGGUCUUUGCACAAGUUCUUUUUGUCCUUGCUUCUCUGCAGUAUCUUCUUUAACAUUAUCACUAAUUUGCUUUUUCAUAAUUCUUCUAUGACUGACACACAAUAGGAAUCAAAGAAAGAUCUUGAAAGAACAACAGUUCAAUGUCUUAACAGCCUCUUCUUAAUACUCUCCCCGCUACUCACCUUACACAGAUUCAGCUCACAUCUUGGAAUGCAAAGUUGAAAAAUUAGAAGCGGUUUCCCUUCUUAUAGCUUUUCUUAGAUUAAGGUUUUGGUCUGCCUGAGAAUAACUAUAAAGAUGGGGAAGAUGAAUAUGGCAUAAAAUCCACAAAUGUAGCUUCAUGGUUCCUUUGGAAGUUUUAAAAAAUCCCCAUAUACCUGACAGUUCUUUCUUCAAGAGCAAAUGUACAAAAAUAUAUAUUCCAAAGCCAACUGAAAGGAGAUUUGGGGAUUUGGAUCAGUUUGUGUGAUUUGCUUUAUUUCAGUGAAUAAUUGAAAGUUGGCUUUUUCUAGGUGAGUAAUUAUGUGUAAUAUAGAUCAAAUCUUUUAGUAACAGUGGGGGAAGCUAUGAAAAUUCUUUAUUUUAUUAGAAUUUCAGUGAUUGUUUUGAGAAAUUACUUUCCUGGUAACUCUAGAUAAAGGGGCACCUGUCACCAUCCUGAGAAGUUCUCACAUAAUAUUCUUAUGAGCUCUCUCUGUCUCUUUCUCUCUCUCUCUCUGUCUCUUUCUCUCUCUCUCUCUGUCUCUUUCUCUCUCUCUCUCUCUCUCUCUCUCUCUCUCUCUCUCUCUCUCUCUCUCUCUCUCUCUCUCUCACACACACACACACACACACACACACAGUCACCAGUCCAUAAAGUUCCCCAGGAGGCAUAAUCAAGGAUCCUCUGGGUAACUUCAACUAUUUUGGAUAAAACAGAAAGCAAAAAUUAGUGUUUGACCCUUGAAUUCUGUUGAAAGCUGUGCAGAGCAGUACCUUGCAUCUGGCUAUGCUUUACUUCAGCGCACUUUCUCUGUUACCUCACUGUAUCCUCACAGCAGCACUGGAAGGCUGAAAGGGUAGUAACUACCCUGAGAGGUAGUUACUAUCAUCAUUUGCUAAUGAUAACUGGAGAGAAAGGUAAGGCCAGAGACUUGCCUGAGGUUGCACAGCCCUCCAGCCCAGCUGCUUUCCCAUAUGCAGCAGUGGAGGUGUAGGCAGAUGGGAGGCAGGAGACUUUAACGUGUCCUGAGGUUACACUUUGUUCCUCCUGGUACCUGUGGGGUGCCCCAUGUUAGCAAGAGGUGCCCUUUUUCCUUAUCAGAGUUGGCAACUGGCAUAUGGGAACAGAGCAAUGCCUAGUACCAAGUUCUUUGUGCUAACAAGGUAAAGCGCCUGGAGCCUGGUGGUUCUUUAUAUCAGUUACCUGCUGUAACUAGGUUUGACUUUUGUAAUGAAUCAGUACCCCCUUGGAGGGCGCAAUGCUCGGUGUUUAGCUCAUUAAUUUGUAGCAGGCUGUCUCGUCCUGAUGGAAAGCUGUGAAAGCCUCCCAAAAGUUAAGAGGAAGGUCACGCAACACAUGCCCGUCAGAGCCGUUUCAGAUCCAGCAGGUGUGCCGGGCUGCCUGUGGAGACCCUGAAGCUGCCGGCCAAACCCCUGCGUGCCUUCCGAGGGCUGUCCCGGGGCAGGCCAUAUACAAGUCAGGGUGUGUUUGAACAUUAUGGUGUGUGCAUGCCGCCAGUGUUUACUUUGGAGUUAGGAGGUGUGCUGUGUGUAUGCAUGUUGGAGAGGCUCUGUAUUGCUGUGGCCUCUGUUCAUGGAUAAGUGCAUUGUAAUCUCUUCUCAGGCUGUGCUGUGAGGGCCGCCUUACCCCCUGCUCCCUUCCCUCCUGGAGCUGCCUUAAAUUCUCUGGAACUUUUCCUCUGUAAGGGGAUGUCUUGCCUGGAGAGGAUAUCAAGCCCUGUUUCUCAAGGUUUUGUGUGAAGGUUUUGGUUGGGUGUGGCCUCCAACCACUAAUUUCUCCCUGUUCUGCAUGAUCCUCCCCGACCUGUUACUUCUUCCUUUUUUCUCUGUUAUUCCCAAAUAGGUAUUAGAACUCUGAGGCAGCAACAAUCUCAGAGCCAGUGAAAUGUGGGCUUAGAGAGUGUUCCUGAGUUUUGGGGGCUCUGUGUCAUAAGUAAGCAAAUGAACAUAUGGAAAAAAUAUAGAGAUGAGUUAGAUUCUUGGUAACACUUAAAUGGCUUGUUUUCCACUGAUCUUUUCUUAAUAAAGAGUACAACUAUAAAAACCUUUUAUGGACAUUCUUCAAAUAUAAUUUUUAAGAACCCUAUAAAAGAUUGACUGAAAACAAGAAAGAAUGCUAUAAAUUCUGAUCAACUGUAUUACCCUAAAUUAAAACAACCUGGAGUCACAGUUGGAUUUCUCAGUAGAUCAGAAAUUGAAAAAUACUAUGUAAAAUAUCUGCCAACAUGCAUUUUAUACAUUUUUUUAUUUUGUAAUUUGGUCUGGCUAGCUACAAUGUUUAUUAGCCUAACAUAACGGGUGUUAUCAGAGUCAUAAAUAACUAAAAAUGACUAACAUUUCCUUAGUAUUGUAAUGUUGCCUGAAAUAUUUGAAAGAAAAAAUGGUUUUUGAGUUGAAACUGGUAUGUAUAAUUCAAUGCUUGGUAGGUCAGUACAGUUUCAUGCAUUUUUCAGAGUCAAUAGUUUUAAAUAUCUUAUUGUUACCAUAUGUUGUAUGAUUUUUGCCUACAUUUCAGGCUCUCUAAAUCUCUUAAGCCAUUUAGUUUUUUCCCAAUAAAUGGUGAAAUUUUCCUUUAAAUGUGGAUAGGUAUGUUGUAUGUUGUAAUUUAUGAUUCCUAGUUUUGUUAUUUUUGUGGAAUCCUGGAGUAACAUUGAUUUUUUUGGUAUCCUUGGAAAUUUUAAAUUGCUCUAACAGUGUUGCAUAGAAAUGAGCUCAUGACAUUUAACAUACUAUAUUUUAAUUAUUAACUUUAAUUGUUAAUUUACUGUGAAAUGGAUAUGCCUUUUAACUAAAAUGAAAUUGAACAUUGCAAUUUUCCAAAAAUUUUUCUUUGUUGGAUCUGGAAAGGAAUUCCACUUUGAUCUACACAGAAAAACAUGAUAUAGUUUUAAUCCUUGGAAAGUUCUUGGGUAAAGUAUUCAUCCAUUAAAAAGGAAGCAGAAGUACUGAGAAAUGAAGGCAUUAUCAACCAACUCUAGUUUUAAACUGAACACAUCCCAGCAUAUCUCAUAUGGAGUUUUUAAAAAUAAGUUAGUAAUUCACCUCAUAUAAACAAAAGCCUUUGAAACAUGGGUUUUCACUAGAUAUCACCUAGUGCUAAGAUGAAAACCAAAACAAUAUCAGAUUGAUAUUUACGCUCUAAAUUUGUAGUUGUCUAAUGUUGUACUUAGUAAAUGUGCGUCAUUAAUGCUGUAGUCUCCUAGCUAUUAUAGAAAAUUGUUGAAAUAAAGAUGUGGAUAUAAAGGA